UGGCAGGAAUAGUCGAGAAACAGGAGACUGAGGGUAUAAAAGUGCAAAGACGGUCACCUAAACAGAUUACCAGGACAAGACGCUGCUAUUCUUCUACUGUCCAAGUGAAGAUCUAAGCACUGCUGAUUCGACAUGUGGUCGUCUUCUCUCUUCCAGCCUUCGUUUAGCACAUCGAUGGCAUUGAGAGUUCCAGUCAGUGCGCUGUGGCCUCAGUCUCAGCUCAUUUGUGUUCAAAUGGAGAAUGAAAUGGCGAGGCAGAUGGACAACAUGAGGAGAAGCGCUGACCUGAUGAAUCAGCUCCAGCAUGUCUUACGGAGAGAGACCCUUGAUGCAGAGACAGCUCCCAGCUCGGCUGCACGUAGAGCACCUUCGUGCAAGGUGGAGAAGGACGGACAGCACUUUUCUGCUACUCUGGAGGUGGAAGACUUCACUCCCGAGGAGCUGACAGUUAAACAGGUGGGAAGGAAAGUCCUGUUGAGCGGAAAGAAAGAAAAGAAAGAGGAAAGCGAAGAGGGAUCCCACAGUUACAGGUACCAGGAGUUCAGACGAGAGCUCGAGCUGCCAGAAGACGUGAACCCCGAGGAGCUGAGCUGCUCGCUAAACAACGGACAGCUGCGCAUCGAAGCACCAAGGAUGGCACUGCCCAGUGUGCCCGAGAGAGUGGUGCCCAUUAAAAGUGACAAAAAGGGGUGCAUUAAGAGUGGAGAGGAGCAAAAGAAGGAGCGUGAAAUGGAAAGGGAAUGAGCAAAUGUUUCAAGUGGACUUUUCGUGAAAAGAUGCAGAAAAUUGUCUGCCAUUGCAUUUCAGUUGUAUUUUUGUUUUCCUGAGGCUGUGUUUUCUAUUAAAAGUUUUGCCUCUCACCUUUGUAAAUGGUAAGGGCUUUGUGAGGAGGGAGAAAAUGAAAACUUAAGUGUACUUUAAAAAAUAAAGUCGUUUUGUAGAUAGUUUGUAAAGCACAUUGCAAUAGUGAAAAGUUGAUUUGCUGUGUGUGAUUACAUUUUUCACAAUAAUUGCAUUCUCCUUUCUCCUGUUAAUCUUAAAAGAUUGUUUUCAGUUAUCCAUUUUUCAAGUUUAUCACAUGGAUACAUGUGCGGGAUACAUGUGCAGUAAACCUUGCAUUUAUUUUUUAA